UAUUGGAGCGUAAGUUUCUCUAAGAACAGUAUUUUUUCUCUUAGUGUAAUUUGAGCAGACACCUCCCCCCUCCCCGAUCUGCUGCUGCGAAGGGAAACGUCCCCGGAUCGAGUCCAGAAUCCCGAUUGAAGGAGAAAACGAGGAAACAAACAGCCGCAAUAAUCAAGAAGAGGGCGAGGAAUAACAGGAAGACGUUGUGUGCUGGGAGGUUCAGAGGGACAAAAUGUGAAGAGAGGGGAGGAAGAAAAAGAAAGAAGGUCGCUUUAAUUUUCUGCUCUUGUUUUGGCUGCAGCCGGUUUCCGGAGUGAAUUUCUCAGAGGAUGCUGCCGCCGCUGCUGCAUCUCUCCGAGCGCAGAUAGCUGCUCACCAUCCGCGCAUCUGAUAGUGAUAAACGGCUGAAGGAGGAAGAACAGGAAGGGGAGGAGGAGGAGAUGCUGGCUGGACCUUCAGAAGGAUUUCCCUGAAGCAUCUGUCCGCAUCCCAGUCGCAUCACUGCCGACUUCUCUCGGACGCGAAGGGAGAGGAACCCCAGAAGAAAAACGCGGAUAUUUUCCUUUCUCCUAAAUUAUUCAUCUGCUUUCUGCGCUCCGCACACACUGCUGUCUUUGUCUCGCAUCUUCAGAGGAUGAUUUCAAACGGAGAGGCGGCGGACGGCGCCCCUGAUUGCUCCAGCAGAGCGACAUGCAGCCUAAAAUAACCCCGGAGUCGGACAGCAAAGCGGCGGAUAAAUCGUCUUCUCAUCGGCGCACUGCUGGCUCUGGCUGCUCAAGCUUCCCUGCGGCUUUCCGUCCAGCUGAUGUUACCCGGUGAGACGUCCCUGCAGCCUCCGGAUCGCCGCUGACCAUCACCUGACCUUCCGCCCACCCUAGAAGCCCAGAACAAACCAGCACCCGAACUCUUUUUCAUGGCUUUUGUCUUCAGAAGAUGGAGGGUGUUACUGCUGCUCAACGUGCUGGCGGUCGCAGGGUUCAUGACCUUCUGGGCCAAGUGCAACACCCGCAGCGUGCAGGCGGUGGGUCCGGAGGGUCCGGCUGACGGGAGGCGGCCCCGGGCCAACGGGACGGCGCAGGGGCCCAGCGUGAGCCACGAGGUGCUGCUGAAGAGGCUCAGCUCGCUGGAGGAUGUGGUGUACCGGCAGCUAAACGGUCUGUCCAAGUCCCUGGGCCUGAUCGAGGGCUUCGGCGGCCGCGGGAAAGGCGGCCUGCCCGCCACGCUUUCCCCGCUGGAGGAGAACGACGCCAAGUACCUGAAGGAGAAGUACGGCUACAACGCCUACCUGAGCGACAGGAUCUCUCUGGACCGGACCAUCCCGGACCACCGGCCCAACAAAUGUAGAAAAGUCAGCUACCCCCGAGACCUCCCUCAGAUCUCCCUCAUCUUCAUCUUCGUCAACGAGGCGCUGUCGGUCAUCCUGCGCUCCGUCCACUCGGCCGUCAAUCACACGCCGGCUCACCUGCUCAAAGAGAUCAUCCUGGUGGACGACAACAGCGACGACGAGCAGCUGAAGGGACCGCUGGAGGAUUACGUGAACAAGCGCUACCCUGGGCUGGUCAAGAUCGUCAGAAACCAGAAGAGAGAAGGACUGAUCCGGGCCAGAAUCGAGGGCUGGAAGGUGGCGACGGCGGAAGUUACCGGGUUCUUUGAUGCCCAUGUGGAGUUUACUCCGUCAUGGGCCGAGCCGGUGCUGGCCAGAAUAAAAGAGGACCAUAAGAGGAUCAUCCUGCCGUCCAUCGACAACAUCAAGCACGACACCUUCGAGGUGGAGCGCUAUGAGAACUCGGGCCACGGCUACAACUGGGAACUGUGGUGCAUGUACAUCAACCCGCCCAAGCAGUGGUGGGACGAGGGGGACAUGUCCGCACCCAUCAGGACUCCUGCCAUGAUUGGCUGCUCCUUCGUGGCCAACCGGGACUACUUUGGGGAACUCGGCCUGCUGGACUCGGGCAUGGACGUCUACGGAGGGGAGAACAUCGAGCUGGGCAUCAGGGUUUGGCUCUGCGGCGGGAGCAUGGAGGUGCUGCCUUGCUCCAGAGUGGCUCACAUUGCUCGAAUGAAGAAACCUUACCACAGCAACAUCGCGUUCCACACGCGGCGCAACGCUCUGCGUGUGGCAGAGGUCUGGAUGGACGAAUACAAGUCCAACGUGUACCUGGCCUGGAACAUCCCCAUGGAGAACCACGGCAUCGACUACGGCGACGUUUCUCAGAGGGUCGCGCUGAGGAGGAAUCUGCAGUGUAAGAGCUUCCAGUGGUACCUGGACAACGUUUACCCGGAAAUGAGGAGGUACAACAACACGGCGUUCUACGGUGAGAUCCGUAACUCCAAAGUGAGCCACCUGUGUAUGGAUCAGGGUAUGAAGGAAAACCACACAGCCACCCUUCACCCCUGCCAUGGCUGGGGUCCUCAGUUGGGGCGCUACACCAAAGAGGGUCAGCUGUUCCUGGGUCCUCUGGGCAGCACCGGAGACGACACUCGCUGCGUGGUGGACGACCAGGUCAGCAGCUUUCCCCAACUCCUGAACUGUGACAAGGUGACCAACGCCAAGCAGAAGACAUGGAGCUUCUCCCAGAACGACUCCAUCGUAAACCGGGCCACGGGUCGCUGUCUGGAGGUGGUGCCGGCCAACGUUUACUUUGGCCACCUGCUGGUCCUGCAGCCCUGCUCGGGUCAGAGGUGGACCAUCAAGAACAGCAUGAAGCAAUAGCCACUGGCGCGGCCCAUUUCCUGGGCUGCGAUUGGCUCAGCUUGGUCACAACGAGCCAAUAAGACGCUGAUGCAAACCUUCAAGAGAAAUGUUUUAUCAAGACUUUGGGUGCCAUGAAGAUUAUCGUGAAUUAUUUUUUAUAAAAUGAACAUUCAGAAUGACAAACUAAGCAUGAGGACUGAUUCUGUCUGAUUUAUUUUGACUUAAUGUGUUGUUAUAAAUCCUCUAUUCGUGUAUGUGUGUGUGUGUGUGUGUGUGUGGGUGUGUGUGUGUGUGUGCACGUGCGUUUGUUUGUAAUACUUUGUGGGGACCAUUUUCCUGACAUAUACGAAGUUGUGGGGACCACUGUUCCUUGUGGGGACCACUGCUCCUUGUGGGGACCACUGCUCUUUGUGGGGACCACUGCUCCUUGUGGGGACCACUGUUCCUUGUGGGGACCACUGCUCCUUGUGGGGACCACUGCUCCUUGUGGGGACCACUGUUCCUUGUGGGGACCACUGCUCUUUGUGGGGACCACUGCUCCUUGUGGGGACCACUGUUCCUUGUGGGGACCACUGUUCCUUGUGGGGACCACUGUUCCUUGUGGGGACCACUGUUCCUUGUGGGGACUGAAGCCUGGUUCCCAGAAGGGGAAACACUGUUUUUGGGUCAGGGGUCAGAUUUAGGACUAAGGUGUAAAUUGAGUUUUGGGUUGGGUUAAGAAUGUAAUGGUUAGGGGUUAGGAUAAGGUUAAGGUUUAGGCUGUAGAAAUUAAUGGAAGUCAAAGGAAAGUCCCCACAAAGACAGCCACGCAAAAAGGUGUGCAUGUGUGUUGCGUGUGUGUGUGUGUUACUGCUGUACAGUGCUUUGACAUUCAUGACUUGAGAUUCAAGCAACCAAAAAUGUUUGACAGGAAGUGCAGCAGCUCUGGAGCCGUCCUUCAUUUCAGUGCGUUUCUGCAUACUUCAUGUGUUUCUGUUUUGUUUUAAACUGGUUUGGAUGAGCUGCUCUGCAGAUUCUCUGAGGUUUUGCUCACAUUUCUGGCCACAUUUUCCCUCAUUUCACUGCCGUAAACAGCAAUUUUUAGAGUUUUCUUUAGGUGACAGAAAAUAACAACAAAAUUGCUCAAUUUAUUGGGUAAAAGUAAAAUUUUAACAGCAAACAAAAACAAAGGCUGGACUCUGUGAUGUGCUGGCAUCAUAAUCUGAAAUAACAAAAAAACAAAUCUCGACUGGAAGAGAAGCUGGAGAAUUAUUGAUUUAAAACUUUUGCACAUCUCUUUAAGGCUCAUCUAAAUAUUUUUAUUCUCUUAAUUUCUGCAAUACUCCAUUCCUUGUCAUGUCCUGUAAGGUGUUUUUAAAAAUGUGACGCUAUGUUCAGAAUGUAGUUACAAAAAUCUGUUAGUUGUUGUUCCAGAUUUUAGUGUAAAAAAGACGAAAUCCCGUCUGUUAUGAAAUAAAUCAAGUUACGCUUGUUAAUAAGCAUAAAGAUAUUUUUUACUUUUCGUCUUUAAAAAGUCUAAAUCCUGUAAAUAUUUAUAAUUUGAAGAAUAGGGCACAGUAAGUGUUUUAAAAGCUGUCAAAAAGUAAUUAAAAUAAUUUUAAAAAGUGCCAAGAGGGCUAAAGAGAGAAGUGAACUUUCAGUCAUUUUACCUGGAGGCGCCCUGUAGCAACGCACAGGUUAGCAUAAAGACUUUAUGCUCAUUGGAGGAAAGUUGAGUUUGUUUGUUUAUCUGAGUGCCAAAACUAACGAAGCACUUUCUCCAGACUGCAGCAGGGAGAUUGAUUUUCAAUCAAACGUAUCGACGACUUUCAAGGCUGAAAUCGUUCCGACUCUGAGAAGCGUGAUGUCAAAUAAUUCAGUGUUGUUGGUUUGGUUUCUCAGAUUGUCUUCCAAUAAACAAAAUGGUUUCCUGGGUUUUGUGUGGCUGGUUUUUUAGGAAGCGAUACAUAAGCACCGCUUGCGUGUUAGA